CUCUCAGGUUCCCCACCGGAGGCUGGUUUUCGGCCCGAGGGUCGGAAGAGUUCUAAGUGCCUGCAAAAGGGACGCCGACGUGCUGGAACGCGCGUCCGAAUUCUCGUGUCCGACUGUUCGGAAAAGGCUAAUAGGAGAAAAGAAGAGAAAUUAAUUCUUUUAGGGUGGAUCCAAGACAGCUGCUCCAAAAAGAGACUCCCAAAGAUGUCAACUCAAGGCCAUACCUGGGCCCGACAGGUAAAGAAGGAAGAUGAGGAAGAGGACCCGCUGGACCAGCUGAUCUCCCGUUCUGGCUGUGCCGCUUCCCAUUAUGCAGUACAAGAGUGCAUGGCCCAGCACCAGGACUGGCGACAGUGUCAGCCACAGGUACAGGCCUUCAGGGACUGCAUGAGUGAACAGCAGGCAAGGCGGCGGGAGGAGCUGCAGAGGAGGAAAGAGCAAGGCAGUGCCCACCACUGAGACCCCAAACCACUUAUC